AUGACUAGCCACAUCCCUAGUCACCUUCGCUCCUGGCGGGUCGCAGUCAACACGAUUUUCGAACUUGUCAAACGACAGGAUACAGGAAUGCUGCCCAUUAUACCGACUAUAUUAGUUCUCGGUGUUUCUGUGAGCGCCGCCUACCUCUUCUUCAAAAAGAUUAACCCCAGCGCGAGCACUACUGACAGCAAGAAAAUCCCGGGCGACAGCGAGUUCAUUGCUAGCAUCAUCGAGAAACGCGAGCGAACAGCACGGGAAGCAGCUAAUAAGCUAAACAAGCUCAAGUCUGUGGAAACUGAAGCGGAUGACGAAUUCGAGGAUCUUCCAGACUCACACAAGGAUCGAAGAGCGAGGAACGUAUGGGCUGGGAAGAAGUACAGUCAUUGGGCGGGCCAAGCCAGGACGAGAAGGAAGCUGGCUGCUGCGAGGAGGAGGGUGGAGGCUUUAGAUAAGGAGCGGGAGAUACGGAUGGGCUCAGAGGCUGGGGCAAGCGUGGAGCUGGAAAAAGCGCUUGACUGA